UCAGAGAGCAGCAGCGUGAGGGACCGGAAGCAGCGUUUAGAACCAUCGAAGCUCUGAUGUUUAAGGUAGAUUUUUAAUUCAGAUUCAUUCUCUGCGUUUCAUCAGCAACUUCUAUUGGAUAUAGAUCUACAAACACGGCUUCUCUCCAAAAAACAUUCCUGGUUGGAAUAACGAUCCUGAUUGGUCGGCAGAAGCACCCAGAUGGAGAAGGAGGUCCAGAGGGAAUUUAUCUACUGCAGCGGAGCCGCCACGGAGGUUCUGAAGGUCGGCUCCUCUCACCUCUCAGGCCGAGACGUGCUCUUCCUCAUCAUCCCAGGUAACCCCGGGAUGGUGGAGUUCUACCGGAGCUUCAUGCAGACCCUGCACAGCCUGCUGGGACGUCCCGUUUGGGCCGUGAGCCACGCCGGCCACUGUGCUCCACCGGACUCCAUGGACAUGGUAGAAGACGCCUCGGCGGCAGCGAAGCGCGACGUGUUCGGUCUGGAUGGACAGGUCCAACACAAGCUGGCCUUCCUCCACCAACACGUUCCCAGAGGAACUGCCUUGGUUCUCGUUGGACACUCCAUCGGCUGCUACAUGAUCCUGGAGAUGAUGAGGAGGGACCCGGAGCUGAAGGUUCUGAAGGCCGUGCUGCUGUUCCCCACCAUCGAGCGGAUGGCGCAGAGCCCCCAGGGGAAGGUCAUGACCCCCCUGAUGUGUCAGCUGCGCUACCUGCUCUACCUGCCGCUCUUCCUGCUGUCUCUGCUGCCGCAUGGCGUCAUGGCGCGGCUCGUCAGGCUGAUGUUCAGCAGCAUCCCCGAUCUGGACCCGUGUGUCCUCCAGCCUUCGGUGGAGAUGCUGGGUUCAGGAGACUGUCCAGUGAACGCUUUGUACCUAGGAGGGCAGGAAAUGAGGAUGGUUCUGGAGAGAGACGACGUGACGAUCCAGAAGAACCUGGACAAGCUCCUGUUUUACUACGGAGUGUCGGACCACUGGUGCCCCGUCACCUACUUCCAGGACAUCAGGAGGGAUUUCCCACAUGGAGACUUGCGGCUGUGUGAGAAAGGCAUCCGGCACGCCUUUGUUCUGGACGCAGGUCGGGACGUGGCUCAGAUGGUGGCGGAGUGGACCCGUGGAUCUCUGAGGGGAUGAGGGUCAGGAUUACAACCUGCCAGACAAAACCCAGGGGAAAAUACCCAGGUUCUAGCCAGGACGGCAGACCGGUCCGGUCCGGUCCGGUCCGGUUCCGGUGAUCGGAACAUUUGCCUGCUUUUAGUUCUGUUCUA